CACAGCCAAACUUGUUCCGCUUUUUCCUCUGAAUAGCAAACGGCAGCCUCCCUCCCCGAUCUUCAAGCACACCUUUGACUUGAACAGCGCCUUGGCCCCGACUCUCUCUUUCAAGCAUCAGCCCAUCACCAUUUCAACCUUCAAGCCGCAGCAGCGCAUCGUCACUACUCUAUUGAAUGUUGAUUGCAUGACGCUGCCAUCUUGGAUCAUCCCAGAGCACACCUCCUCUCGACUCGGAGACGAUUUUGGGGCUAGAGCAUCUUGCGACCGCCCAUCAUGUCCAAGGUGUUUUGCAAGCACUGCAGCGCGUCAUUUUCUCGUCGCCCCCACCUCACCCGUCAUAUUCGCACCGUUCAUGAGACCAAUCACACCUUUGUCUGCAAGGACUGUGGCCGCGGUUUUGCGCGUCGCGACCACUAUGAGUACCACAUUGUCAGCCACUCGGACACGGCCGCCUACCAAUGUGGCACUUGCAACAAAACUUUCAAGCGCCCCGCUGCACUCCGCCGCCAUGAGCGCUGCGUCCACAAGAAAGGCUCGGAGCGCUUAGUCAUUGGCCCUGCAUCGGCCAACAGCACUGCGCUUCCACGCAAGAAGAAGCCCGCUAGCCUGGCCCCCAAGUUGGAGCACGAGGCGUCGGGAGCAGCAGACGCCUCGCUGACCAUUGGCGGGGCGCACGCUCCCAUGAUUCCCAACAUGGCCAAUGCUAUGCCCCCCGCUUGGAUAAACUUCCAACCACACUUGGCCUGGGACAACCUGCCCAACCCACCCAUGAACAUGCCCCCGCUCCCUACUUCUGCCUCCGCGGCUGCCGCCGCAGCCCCCUCCCCGCUCGCAACGCUGGUCGAUCCUUAUGGUCAGCAUUGGCGCAUGGCAGAACCAAAUGGAGGCAUGCAUGCGGCAGCGUCGCAGCAUCAAGCACUGAUGCCCGUGGCCGCAAGCGCCACACCAGCUCAAUACGGUCAGCAAGUCGACCCGGCAUCACUGUUGCCCUCACAUGGCCAAGGACCGGCGCCCUGGGAUGUCGAUUUGUAUCAUCCCAUGCGCGAGCUGCUCGACAGCGACCUCAAUCUCAACCUCGAUCUGCAGAAUGACAUGCCGAAUAUGGGUCGGGAUGCAAUGCUUGCGAGCGCGCAAGCCCUUCCGACGACCAGCCAGGCGGUUGCCCCUGAUCUACACAGCCUUCUCGGAAUGCGCGUCGAUCAGGGGGACCCUGCACUCGCAACCCCUCAAUUUCCGGUCACAGUGCAAGAUCAAGUCAACCUCCUCCUUGAAUCAGCUGUUCGCUUGCUACAAAAUCGCAGCGCGCCAGCCUCAGCCUCAGGAGGCGCGUAAAGAGCUGCCGUUGUGCCAUCAUCUCCUCGCGGUUUCUCUUUCUGCCUGUUGCUUGUGUGUCAGCCUCGUGCAUCGGCGCUGUGCGCCUGCAUACAUGACAUCUUUGUUGUAUGAAUUCCCAAGCUUGCUUUGUAUUUGAUUUUGUUUUUGGUUUCUCGACUGUAGUCGAGUCGAGCGUUGAUCCGCCUUUUAUCUUAUGUAGCUGCCUCUUUAGUUUUCUUCUCAUUUGAAGCAUCGGCAAAGUCACCCUCGUCGUGACUGAUUUUGGUCCUUCCUGGCGGUGCUUGCCAUGUUGAUCCUUCUCCUCCUUCCUUGUGUCACCCAAAAGCCGGGUGGGCUUGAGCUCACACCUUGCUUUUUGUUGCAUUGAUUGACCUUUCAUUUUUGCCCUCGGUUCCGCGCAGCCGUGCCACCGUGUGUCGCCCCAGGCGGGCGUAUAACUCUCUUCCUCUUUUUUGUCUCUUUCCUUUUUUCUUCGGUUUCUGUUCUUCUUGCUCCGCAUAGCGCGCACUUCGUCUUUCGUGAGCAAUUGAGCAAUCGACUCAG